ACGCCCUAUCCAAACGAGAAUUAAGCUGAGCAGUGAGCAUCAUGGUUGAUGUGCAAAGUGCAAACACUUCCCUCCUUUCUCCCAUUCCAAUUUCCAACCAUGGCGGCAGCUUCAGACCCCUUCUUCCUCCUCUCCAAUCACUAUUCUUUCAUCUCUUCUUCGCUUUCCAAGCACCCAUUCAAACCAGCCACUUCCCUCCCCUUCUUCUCCGACUCCAAAACCACUCAGCUCAUCUCCUUCUCCUCCCUCCACCCUCACAGCCCCACCACCCACUCCUCCUCCAAUCCCAUUCCAGCCAUUCGCCGUCUCUGCCUCGACGGUGACCUCGAUCAAGCCCUCCGCCUCCUGCCUUCUUCCGAACAAUUCCCUUUGGACGAAGACACCUAUAUAUCCCUCCUCAGGCUCUGCGAAUGGAAGCGCGCUCUGCCUCAAGGCUCCCGGCUUUACUCCCACAUCUCCUCCUCCGAUAUCCUCUUGAGCGUUGCUCUCGGGAAUGCGCUAUUGAGCAUGUUCGUCAGGUUUGGCAACCUUCUUGAAGCCUGGUCCGUGUUCGGGAAGAUGAUUGAGAGGGAUGUCUUCUCUUGGAACGUUAUGGUGGGGGGUCACGCAAAGUCUGGUUUUUUCGACGAGGCCUUGGAUUUGUACCAGAGAAUGAUCUGGUCUGGCAUGUGGCCAGAUGUCUAUACCUUUCCUUGUGUUCUCAGGACUUGUGGUGGCGUCCCGGAUUUGGUCAGGGGUAGAGAGGUUCAUGCUCAUGUUUUCAGAUUUGGGUCUGCGUCAGAGGUUGAUGUUUUGAAUGCGUUAAUCACGAUGUAUGCCAAGUGUGGCCAGCUUGUUGAUGCUCGCAAGGUGUUCGAUACUAUGCCGAGGAGGGAUUGUAUCUCGUGGAAUGCGAUGAUUGCUGGGUUUUUUGAAAAUGAAAAGUUCUAUGAUGGGUUGGAGUUGUUCCUCAUGAUGAGGAAUCACUCUGUGGAGCCGGAUUUGAUGACAGUGACGAGUGUGAUUUCUGCGUCCGGCUGGUUGUGUGAUGUGAGCUUAGGGAAGGAGAUUCAUGGGUAUGCCGUGAAAGGAGGUUUUAGUGUUGAUGUUUCUGUACAGAACUCUUUGAUCCAGAUGUAUGCUAGUUUUGGGAACUUGCACCAAGCACAGAAGAUCUUCUUGAGAAUGGAAUCGAAGGAUGUUGUUUCCUGGACAGCUAUGAUAUCAGGUCACGAGAAAAAUGGAUUGCCGGAGAAAUCUUUGGAAAUCUUUGACCAAAUGAAAAGGGCCGAUGUUUCUCCUGAUGAGGUCACCUUAGCCAGUGUUUUGUCUGCAUGUGCAACGUUGGGACGGGUUGAUGUGGGCGUUGAGGUCCAUGAGCUUGCAAAGAAGAAGAGGCUCAUGCCAUAUACUGUUAUUGGGAACUCACUCCUAGAUAUGUAUUCCAAAGCCAAAUGUGUGGAUAAGGCUAUGGAGGUCUUCCGAGGCAUGCGUGAAAAGAAUGUGAUCUCUUGGAGUUCAAUUAUAUCAGGCUUCCGGAUUAACCGUAGGAGCUUUGAAGCUCUGAAUUACUUCCGUCACAUGCAAGCUUUUGUAGAGCCCAACUCUGUUACAUUGAUUUCCACACUCUCUGCUUGUGCUGCAGUUGGAGCUCUUGUGUGGGGGAAAGAGAUACAUGCCCAAGCUUUGAGAAGAGCGAUGGGAACUGAAGGAUUUGUGCCGAAUGCAAUCCUUGACCUGUAUGUCAAGUGUGGGAGGAUGGAUUAUGCUUGGAUGCAGUUUAACUCGCUUGAAGAAAAAGAUGUGGUUUCAUGGAAUAUCAUGAUGACAGGCUAUGCUGUGCGUGGACAUGGGGAUCUUGCAGUAGACCUGUUCAAGCGGAUGGAGGAAAAGGGGGUGCUGCCUGAUGAGGUCACAUUCAUUGCCCUCUUGUGUGCCUGUAGCAGGUCUGGCAUGGUGAACCAAGGUUGGGAAUAUUUUGACAACAUGCAUAAAAAAUAUUCCAUAACACCGAGUCUCCGGCAUUAUGCUUGCAUGGUGGAUCUUUUAGGUCGUGCAGGGUGGUUAGAGGAAGCCCAACAAUUCAUAAAAGAGAUGCCUAUUGAGCCAGAUGCUGCCAUUUGGGGAGCCCUGUUGAAUGGAUGCAGGAUUCACCGACAAGUUGAUCUUGGUGAACUUGCUGCUAAUUAUCUAUUCGAGUUGGAUGCCCAGAGUGUUGGGUAUUAUGUGCUUUUGUGUAACCUGUAUGCCGAUAGUGAUAGAUGGGAUCAGGUCGCUAGAGUGAGGAAGGAAAUGAGGGAGAGAGGACUAACCAUUGAUCCUGGUUGCAGUUGGGUGGAGGUCAAGGGAAUGGUUCAUGCUUUUCUGAGUGGGGAUGAGUCACACCCUCAGAGUAAGGAGAUCAAUGGAGCUCUAAAUGGGUUGUAUGAAAGGAUAAAGAGUGCUGGGUUUGAUUUGCCUGAGAAUGAUAUCGUAGAUGAGGCUGAAGCAUCAAAAGCUGAAAUCUUUUGUGGCCACAGUGAAAGAUUAGCAAUAGCUUUUGGGCUUAUCAGUACUGCUCCUGGAACAGCUAUUUGGGUUACAAAAAAUUUGUAUAUGUGCCAAGGCUGCCAUGCUCUAGUUAAGUCAAUAUCAAAGAUUGUCCGGCGAGAGAUUACAGUCAGGGACACUGAACAAUUUCACCAUUUUAAAGAUGGAAAAUGUUCUUGCGGCGAUGAAGGUUACUGGAAAAGAUGUGUUGGACUAAAGCAGGAGCAUGGAGUGUAAACUAUCAGGUUGUUUUCCCCGCACAUUGUAACGGGCAAGGCAUUGCAAGCUGGCAUCUGAAGGAAGUGAAUGUGAGUUGAAGAUGCUCCUAAACCUCAAGAAUGCAGAUUUUGAUAUACAUAGAUCUUGGAAGCGGAAGCCCAAGUGAGCAGUGGUGCUCUUGAGAAACAAUGAAGAGUAAUGGAAGCCAAAGUGAGCAGUGCUGCUUGUAAAGGUAUUUACAAAUGACAUCUAUCUGUAAAUGAUACUCUCUGUGUUCCAAGAUGGCACUGUGUAUAUGUCUAUUUGUAUCAUCAAAUCUCAUCAAUAUCAUUGAGUUGAAUAUAA